CAAUGGCGACCUUCUCGCAAUCGCCUGCACCGCGCAGGACCCAUCGUCAUGGCUCUCCUGUGAGCGGUAGAACACCACCUGCCUCAAGACGUCGCGUCGCAGUCGGGACUAGCAAACCAUCAUCUCGAAUGGUCACACCUUCACAUGCGGGAGACAGACAUCCUUUUAUGCACGAAGAUGCUUCUGUGAUGUCUGGAAUGGACGUCGAUGAAAACACUAUUCUGUUCACCGAGCGUACCAAAACCGAUAUGAUAUUCGCCAAAUCCGAAGAACUAUCAGUCACAUUUUACGCUAAUUUACCUAUGGAAGUCAGACAGGUAUUGAAAAACGCAAACUUUUACGGUGAUUCUUAUUCAGGAGAGAUUGAUACUCUUACUGGUUUCGCGUUGAUAGUCUCAAUGCGGACCUGCUUUGUGUGGCAGCAUGCUCAGGCAUUAAAAAGCACUCCGACCUGCUACAUUUUUGCAUGUCCAGUCGACAAUAGCUGCCCCCAUCACGCUCUCGUGCCGUACGGACAGUCUCGUGAACCUGGUCUAAUAUUGGUUUCUCUUCGAGGUGAAGUUCGCUUCUGGGAUAGCAUAGGUAUAGGACUUGCGGGUGGAGAGCACUUUUCCACAACUCAUCUGGAGCUGAAGGAGGGCGAGAGUAUAUCGAGUCUCAUUCGGUCGGAUCCUCAAACUUACAUAACCGCAACUUCGACGGGACGUCUGUUUCGAUUGUCUCUAACAUCUGCAGGGGGAAAGCAACAUCUGCACCCUCGCGUCUUUUCCCGACCACAGGCCUCGUCGCUGUCCUUAAGUCGCCUAUUGCCCAACUUGUGGUCGACUGCACCGCCUUCUAUCCAAUCUGAGAGCGGGAAUAUCAGCGCCAUUGCAUUAGGAGAAUCCAACAGUCUUGGGAAGGAAAUAUGGUCUCUUGUUGAUACAAGAAUACAAAAGUGGAAUAUGUCCAUAGAAGGGUGGGAGGAGAUUUUACUUGACGAGGAAUUGGCAGGUAUAAUUCGACCAGCUAUUCGAAGAGCAUUCAGUUCGGCUCCAGCUGAUAACAGCACUCUCGAUUUGGAGCUACUGGAUUUAGCGGUAGAGAGGUUAGGAACACUGGUUAUCUUGGUGUCUUACGCAGGUAUAGAAGAGGGCAAUGCUAUGGACGUCGGGUCACAUCCUCGUCGAAUAUAUGCUCUAGUUCGUUUAGCAUUUAUCUCGGAUAUUUUCAAAGUCGAAAACAUAAGUAGUGUGCCUUAUCAAAGUACAUCGCGGUCUGGUGCUCCCGUGCAUCCUCGUAUGAGCUUGAUAUCGGAUGGCGCUUUGAUCAGCAUACAGUUUGGAGAUGCCGUUGCUCUGUGUAGUAGAGAAUCCGAAUAUCAGGAUUGCCUCUGGUUGAAGUCUGCUACCGACAGAACGCUAGGUGUUGGAGUGGUCGAGGCCGAAAGCGCACUGCUAGUGUUAACGGCAGCUACCAUGAUGAAAGUCUACGUUAAUUUGGAUGCAGUUCAAGAGUUUGAUUCCGAGACUGGCCGUGCCGGUCUCAUCAAGUCAAUUAUGACUCAAGCAAUUCUUUAUGGAUCCAUCCCUGAGAACCCUUUACAUUUUGCCUUUCCCCCUGAAGUUGACGAGGAAAGUUUGAUGAUUGGUGCCGAGCAUCUCAGUCGAUCGGUCCUUGAAUCAGAACCAGAGAUCAUAAGGCCAAACCAUGACCUGACCUCUCAGUUGUCAGAACGUAAAGGGCGGCUGAGCUGGCUCAUCAGAUUUAUCAAUGACAAUGGGGGCCUGACCAAGAUGUCUCAAAAGAGCCGCCAAAGAUUGGCAACAGACGCUGAAAAGUUGUAUGCAUGUCAUCAGCUAUGGAUUGCUAUCAACGAACACUUUGAUCGUGGGGCUACACAUAGUAUACUGAGCGAAGCUGUCUACGCGUAUAUGGAAGCAAUCGCGGACAAUAAUCAUGAGGACAUCAUCAGAGCUUUUUUCAAAUACAGAGUCUCGGAUAUUGGAAAGCUUCUUCCGUAUAUCCUGCAAGCUAUUCAAAAUUCUGCUCGAGACGUUGCGAGAGACCUCUCCGUCUCACUACCUGAAGCAAAUAAAAACACACUGACGAUACUUAAAUCGGCCUUGGACUACCGCGCAUAUAAUCUGGGAGUGUAUGGAAUCGACCUUCCGAUGAUCAAGCCAUGGACUAGUAGGCCUGCUGUCAUUGACAUUGUUUUGGCGCUUUUCGAUACUACUACCAAAGCUGUCGAGUCUCCAAUAUCGGAUGAUGUUGCUACUAAACUUAAAAGCGAGUUAAGUUUACAGCUUCCUGCCCUUGCAUCUAUAUUAUUUUCCUGCAUUCUUGAAAGAUUGGAAUGGCUAGAAAGUGCUGUUGCUGCUGACGAGCCUGCAACGGAGCGAGACAAGAAAGAGCUUCAGGACAGGUUCGAGCAGCUGCGUCCGGAAGUCUUGGAGACAUUACGUGUAAAUGGCCACAUAGAGGAAGCUUUCACUCUAGCUGAAAACUACAGAGACUUCCGCAGCCUCGCCUCUCUUUGUAAUAAAGAUACCACAUAUCCUCCUCAAAAUAACCCAAACGCAGUUCGAAUUCAGACAUAUAUCGAGAGGUUUAGGGAAGAGUUUACUACAGAACUUUACCGCUGGUACUCGGAACACGGAGAACUGCGGGUGAUGUUCGCCCAAAAAGACCUGUAUAGCGGCUACAUGGAUAAAUUUUUCGCUGAUCACCCUAGGCCCACGAUCUCCUGGAUUCAUGAUAUUGGAAGAGGUCGCCCUGCCGCCGCUUCUGCAUCUCUCCUAGAAGAAUCAACGCGUGCUCCUGAGUUAGAGGUCAAACAAUUCAUGCUUAGCGUAGGGAAGCUUUGCCAGUUGGCUGCACUACAAGAAACGGAAACACUGCCGCCGCUUGCAGAUGAUUACCUCGACGCUUUUCAUGACGGCUUGGAUUUCGUAAGCGUACAAGAAAAAAUGCUGCAGGAAAUGAAAGCUGCUAUUGCCUCUGUCCGCGGAAAACAGUCCCUGGAUAGCCAGGUAGAAAAGAUAGCAAUAGCCAAAGGCAGCAAACUCCAGAGUCGAGAGGCUUUACUUGAUGUCUUCAAAAAUUUGAUCCGACAAAUGCUACAAGGUCGGGCUUUAUCAAUUGAAGACGCGGUAGAUAUUCUUACUUUGAAGGACAACGCUGAGGAUAUUGGCGAUUAUACCAUCGCCCUUCAUCUGCUUUCGCGAGCUACGGAUCAGGACAUACCUAGUGUCAGAAGAAAAUCAUCCUUCAGGAGAGUGUGGUGCCGAAUUUACAAUCAUGACGACUGGGAUGAGAUCAGACAAACAGCAAAUGUGACAGAUUCUCAGCUUAAUUCCAAAUUCCGAAGUACUGCGUUGUAUGCUACUCUCCUUGUCGUUCUUUCCAAUCCGCAUCAACUGGAAGGCUACGAUCUCGAACCAUCUCAGGCUUUACCUGUACCCCUGAUGCCAGAAACGUCGUCUCGUUGGCCUGGCAUGCCACAAGAGCAGGUAGAAGCAUUGGGUCGUGAUUAUCGGGCGGAGAGCACUGAACUGGAGCAACUGCGGCUUGAAGAUAUAUAUCACCGCGUGAGGGAGUUGGCCGUGAAUGAUACCAUGUACGGCAGCGGGCAGUAGCAGUUAUAUAGUGUUUUGGUCAUCGUGCUUUGCUCGAAACUAGUCGACCGAACAGAGAAUCUUUAAACCUCUGGUACUCUACUCUCGCGCCCAUCAUGAUUAAACUGAAGUUUCUCGCUCUCCAUUCAUCUGAGUACUCGUCCUGCCGUUGUUUCUCCUGAAUGACCCAGUCUUUGUAGAACACCGAGAGCGCAAGCUCGCGGUCGUGAGCGCUGGCUGAGCUAGGCAGGCUGUCUAAUGCAGAUUGUUUCGAAGCUUCGAAACGGGUGUUGCUCUGAAGGCAGUGUCAUCUGGAAAACAGGCAACCUGAGGUAACCUAAGCACUCACGUCUGUCCAAUAUUUGUGAUUGAAGGCAUCCAACUGCUGCCUCUGAAGCUUAUAUUGCAACUCGUGAUCGCGCUCGUCUUCCGUGAACUCUCUUAACGAGUACGGGUGACGGGUUUUGGUUGGUGGUGAAGGAGCAUCGUCGUACAGGAUGGGUCGAAGGUUGGAAACUGGGUCUGAAGGACCGAUGAAAUCACAGGAUCUGAUAGAGGAGUGGAAUGAACGAGCGAGUUGUGGAAAACACGAGCGCGGAGUCCUCGUUAUGACUUGCCUGAGAGUGCAAGGAUUCAUGAUGGUCACUUUAACGUUAUAAAAAUAUUCAAACUGAGGCGUUCAUAUCGAGUCCGAGUCCCGUUAAGCACAGCCACAGGCCGAACCUAUACUUUACCAUUGCGAAUUUUUCUAGGACAUUUUAAGGAACUCAGACGUAGGGACUUUUAUGGUUUACAAUAUAAGCUUGUAUAAGAAUAUCUAUGACAGGGCUAGAAAUCACAGGUGGCGGCCCUUGGGUUCCUCCACCACGUCGGUAGACUUCGAACUCAAGAUACCACCAGCUAUCCACGAACCGGCAAGCAAGCUCAAAAACACCCACACUCCUUUGACCUCGUCCUUGUCCAAAGGCCUUGAGCCCGCUGGUUCGGAUGAAGAAGAGGAUGCCGCCGUCCCAGUACUGGAAGAGGAUGUUCCCACCUUGAGCGAGGAAGGUAAGCCAAUGUCGUCGGCGAGGUCUUUCCAGAACCCGCUGCGGGGAGAGGCAGACGACGCGUCUGUGUCGACUGACUGAGGCGGAUGUUCGUCUAGGACGGUAAGGUCAUCGUGAUUUUGCAUGUUGGUCGUUGGCUCGCCGCCGUGAAGAGCGGUAGUACCUCCCACAACUAAUAUUUUUGGUAAUGCAAGCUCUGGAGACUUUUCUUUUGGUGGAGCUGAUUCCCAGA